AUGUCGCUGGUAACGAUUUUCACCUGCCUCUUUCACUGUUUCGCUACCAACUCAAGCGGGCAAUAUAUUGUAGCCGACUAUGACUUGACAAUCAAGGUGUUUGACAAUAGUGGCAAAUUUGUGAAGUGUUUCAGACUUCCUCCUCUUAUUGAUGCAAAUGGUAAAGAGCUAUCUACAGAAAACUGGAAGGUUAAACUGGCGACAGACAUAAACGACAACAUUUAUGUGCUGGUUGAAGAAAAGAAUCAUCAGCGUUGGAUUUUUAAGUUUAAUAAAUCCGCUGACCAGUAUCACAAGUUUCGCGAGAGGACAAUGGACCUCGAGUGUAAUCUGUGUAAACUGUCAGUUAGUGAUAGUGGCAAAGUGAUGGUAUUGAAAGGAAAUUAUACAAAGGACUAUCAUUUUGUGGAUCUAUACGAGACUGAUGGCCAGUUUGUUUGCAGUUUUGGAGAACAAAAUUUGAAGAGCCCGCGAGACAUCAGCACUGUAAGCGAUAGCAAAGUUACAGUGGUGGACUAAACGCCUUCCCAUUAUGUACACAUAUUUAGCGAACUCGGUAAUCAUCUAAGUAAGUUUGAUCUCAAAGGGUUUGUGCACUUUCAAACAUUGCAUUUCACAGGGAAAGUCAACAAGUCGUCUUGGCUAGUACUGAAGAUGAGAAGGAGCUCCUAUGUAUUGGAAUAUACACCAAAGAUGGUGAGUUUGUACGAAGCGUUUUUA